AGAGAGAGGGCAAAGCUGAGUUGCCUUUGAUACUGGUGCAUUCGUCCUGCUUGUCAGCACAUGCAUUCCACUUUCCACUACAAAAUCGACUUUGGACCCCAAAUUUUACCUCACUUACAAGAAAAGCACACCCCACCUCCCAUAAAUUUCAAACCUUCUCUCUCCAGCCAAAUCAUAAUCAGAAACCAGACAAACUAGGUAACCAACAAGCUUCCUAUGGAACCACUCUCCAUAACAUAGACAACCUAUAGGUGGAUUGAAACCUACCCGGCCACACAAACCCCAUAUCACUAUAUUAAAACACUCACCCACCCACCCUGAAGUUUCCUAAAUCUAUACAAGUUCUUCCUUGAUCGAUGCCUUUUUAAGCUUCUUGUCGAUCGAUCGCUGCUAUUGUAGAGAUCGAGAGUAGUUGAAGAUGAGAUCAGGAGGCUAUACUCUUCAACAAACUCUAACUUCAGACGCCGCAAGAGUAGUCAACCAAGCCAUAACCCUCGCCAGGCGUCGCGGCCAUGCUCAAGUGACUCCUCUCCACGUGGCGAGCACCAUGCUUGCAUCUUCCACUGGUUUAUUGCGAACGGCUUGCAUUCAGUCCCACUCUCACCCCCUCCGGUGCAAAGCCCUAGAGCUCUGCUUCAAUGUUGCGCUCAACCGCCUGCCAGCCUCCAAUUCUAACCCCAUGCUGGGCGCUCACAGCUCCCAACAUCCCUCCAUCUCCAACGCCUUGGUUGCUGCUUUCAAGCGCGCUCAGGCUCAUCAACGGCGCGGGUCUAUUGAGAAUCAGCAGCAGCCCCUCUUAGCCGUGAAAAUAGAAUUAGAGCAGCUCAUAAUAUCCAUCUUAGAUGAUCCUAGCGUUAGUAGAGUCAUGAGAGAGGCUGGUUUUUCUAGUACCCAAGUGAAAAGUAAUGUCGAACAGGCUGUAUCCUUAGAAUUAUGUAAUUCUCAAGCUCCUUCUCUAAAUAGUAAUAAGUCCAAGGAAAGUAAUCAAUUAGUAGGCAAACCAGUGGUGUCAUCAGAUCCAGUCAGGAAUGAGGACGUUAGAAGUGUGAUAGAUAAUCUGAUGAACAAGAGAAGGACGAGUACUGUGAUUGUAGGAGAGUGUCUUGCCAGUCUUGACGACACGGUCAGAGGAGUGAUGGACAAGAUUGACAAGGGGGAUGUUCCUGAAGCGUUGAGAGAGGUAAAAUUUAUAACCCUUACACUUUCCUCUUUUGUGCAUCGCUCUAGAGUAGAUGUCGAGCAGAAACUUGGAGAGCUUAGAAGUGUUGUGAAAGGGAGCAUGAGCAAAGGAGUUGUGUUGUAUUUGGGAGAUCUUAAAUGGGCUACUGAUCACUAUAGGGCUAGUUUUUCUGAGCAAGGGAGGGGGGGUUAUUACUGUGAUCCUGUGGAGUACAUGAUCAUGGAGAUUGGAAAAUUGGUUUGUGGGAUUGGAGAGACGGCCGCCGGGAAGUUUUGGCUCAUGGGAAUUGCUACUUUCCAAACUUACAUGAAGUGUAAAUCAUCAGCUCAUCCAUCGCUGGAAACUGUUUGGGGUCUUCAUCCUCUUACAAUCCCUGCAGGCAGCUUGCGCUUGAGUCUCAUAACUGACAGUGAUCUGCAAAGUCAGCCCACAGGCAAGAAAGCUGAAAAUGGAACUAGCUGGCUACUGCUUGAAAGCGGGGAGGAGGAGCAGCAGCUUCUCUGUUGCAGCGAUUGCUCAGCAAAGUUCGACAUGGAAGCUCGAAGCUUGCAAAGCAGGACUUGUAACAGCGACUCCACAACUUCAAGCCUUCCUGCAUGGCUCCAACAGUACAAAAAUGAGAACAGAGGAGUACUCAACUCUAAGGAUCAGAACUGUGUCCCGGUCAGAGAGCUUUGCAAAAAGUGGAACUCAAUUUGCAGUUCAAUCCACAAACAACCCUAUUCUUCUGAAAAGACCCUCACAUUCUCCUCUUUAUCACCGUCUUCAUCCACUACAGCAUUUUCACAGUCAUGGGGGGGGCACCACCAUUUCUGGAUUUCUAGUGAAAAUUCUAACAUGGUCGUUGAACCAAGAUUGAGAAUGUACAUUCCAGAGGAAAAACAACCAUUUUCAUCAAAUCCUAAUUCGGAUUCCUCCAGUGAUGUCAUGGAAACGGAUCAGUACACCCACAGGUUUAAGGAGCUUAACGCAGAAAACCUGAAAUCCCUUUGCAGUGCGUUGGAGAAAAAGGUACCUUGGCAGAAGGAUAUAAUCCCUGAAAUUUCAGAAACAAUCUUAAAAUGUAGGUCCGGCAUGGUAAGAAGAAAAGGGAAGGCGAGAAAUAACAAUGAUGAUGUCGUUGUCGUCAAAGAAGAAACAUGGUUGUUCUUUCAAGGUGUUGAUGUGGAAGCUAAAGAGAAAAUUGCAAGAGAAUUGGGUAAGCUUGUUUUUGGCAGCUCUCAAAACAGCCUCACUUCGAUUUCCCUGAGCAGCUUUUCAUCUACAAGAGCAGAUUCAACAGAGGAUUGCAGAAAUAAAAGAUCCAGAAACGAGCAAAGUUGCAGUUAUAUCGAGAGGUUCGCCGAGGCAGUGUCCAAUAAUCCUCAUAGGGUGUUUUUAGUCGAAGACGUGGAGCAAGCAGAUUAUUGCUCCCAAAUGGGUUUUAAGAGAGCUAUUGAAAGAGGAAGCGUCACUAAUUCUGAUGGUGAAGAAGUCGAUCUUAGCGACGCUAUCAUCAUUUUGAGCUGUGAAAGUUUCAGCUCAAGAUCCAGAGCCUGCUCUCCUCCUAUCAAGCAAAAGUCAGAUCAAGAUCAGGAGAAGGAGACAAGUUCUUGUAUGUCUUUGGAUUUGAAUAUUUGCAUCAAUGACGACGAUAGCGCCGAUGAUCAGUCAAUCGAUGACAUUGGGCUUCUUGAUUCUGUCGAUAAACGGAUUAUUUUCAAAUUUCAGGAAUUAUGAAAAAGAAAAAAAAAAAGAAAAAAAGAAAAAAAAAAAAAGGAAAACCUUAGGAAUUGAAGAACAUGCAUGCAUGUCAUCAUCAGGUGGUCUCGUUUCGAUCUUCUAAUUUUUAUUCUUUUUUUUUUCGGAUUUUUCUUUGUUUAACAUGUGUUCAGAUUCUCAGUACUCAAUAUAUUCCUAGUGUUGGAAAUUAUGUAAAAUUAACUACAUGUAUAUUAAUCCAUGAAAGUACUUCCUCUAA